GAACAAAGAAAUCUGAACCUAUAAGAGACCCUUUAGACGCUGUGCUGCCCGUCAUUCUUCGGCUCCAGCAAGGGCAGGAGCCUGUAGACGGCGGGACUUUCUCAUCCAAGCUGUCCACGGAUCCACAUGACGAUGAUGAUGCGGACCUGUCUCCUCGUGUGCUGCGCUUUUGCACUGCAAUGCAUACGAAGCAUGCAUUGUUUGCCAACGCGUGGAACAAGCAGGUAUAAAGCUGCACCGGGUUGGCACCAGUCUUCUGAUCUGCAUGACUUUAAAAAAAGAGGAAGAGGAGCCCAUGUCCAGGAGUUGCUCAAAGAUGCGUCUGUCGUCAACGGAAACCCCGAUGCUGCCCAUCCACCAACCGACACUUCCCGGAACUUGAACCGUCCACGAUGCGGUGUCCCAGACUUCCCCACCCAGAAGGAGUUUCUUCCCAGCGGGCGACACCGACAGAAGCGCUUUGUCUUGUACGGGGGCCGCUUGGAAAGGAAUGACCUGACCUACAAGAUCGUACGCUACCCCUGGCAGAUGAGCGAGGACAAGGUGCGGCGUGUCUUGCAGGAAGCCUUGAGAGUGUGGAGCGAAGUCACUCCUCUCACCUUCACGGAAGUCCCGAGUGGAAAGACUGAUAUCGUCAUCGACUUCACCAGGUACUGGCACGGAGAUAACCUGCCUUUUGACGGACCCGGAGGCAUUCUCGCCCAUGCAUUCUUCCCUAAGACACACAGAGAGGGGGAAAUCCACUUUGACUAUGAUGAGUCAUGGACACUGGGCAAUAACAUGGGCACGGAUCUCCUCCAGGUGGCGGCACAUGAGUUUGGACACGUCCUGGGCCUGCAGCACUCCCGUGAGCCGGGGGCAGUGAUGUCUGCCUUCUACAGUUUCUCCUAUCCUCUGCAGCUCAGUGAGGAUGACAAGCGAGGGAUCCAAUACCUGUAUGGCUCUCGUCCUCAUGUCCCUCCCAAACCUGCACCCCCACCCCAAAUCAGCACUGAGAACAAUGAGAUCAUAAGCAGCACUCCUGACGCCUGCCAGACAGAUUUUGAUGCCGUGUCUAUGAUCCGUGGAGAGCUGUUCUUUUUCAAGUCACGCUAUGUGUGGCGCAUUCGGGAGGGGCGUCUGGAGCGGGGUUACCCGGCCCUGGCGUCACGACACUGGAGGGGGAUUCCAGAGAGCAUUGAUGCUGCCUUUGAAGACCAAUCAGGGAAUAUCUGGUUCUUCCAAGGUGAGAACUACUGGGUGUUUGACGGAGAAACCCAAAUCUCCGGGCCGGAGUCCGUCCAGAGACUGGGCCUCUCAGUGCCCCAUGUCCAGGCAGCGCUGCGCUGGGGUCAGGACAGCAGCUACAACACCUACUUCUUUCGGUCUGGAAACUACUGGAGAUUCAGUCCCUGGGAGAAACGCGUGGACUCCAUCUACCCCCGCAGUAUGCAGGAAUGGGAUGGCAUCCCAAGUGACGUGGAUGCAGCUUUCCAGGACAAAUACGGUUACGCCCACUUUAUAAGAGGAAGGCAAUACUGGAAAUGUGAUCCGGUGGAGAUGAACUCACUGGAGGGAUACCCUCGUUAUGUUGGAAUGGACUUUUUUGGUUGUAGAAAUUCAUGAAUAUUAUGAAUAAUAUGGAGAGCCAAGAUAACAAUAUAUGUCCAACCUUGAUCUUUAAAUUGAACAUUUUAAAGAAUGGAAGUGCCUUGAACCGCUUUUGGAAUAUCACUAGUACAUCUGCAAGGGACCCUGUAAAAUCGAAAUCUGUUUGAUUUUACAAGACCAAAGGAUUUCUUAUCUUCAUCAAAAUGUGGAUGAACAGACUAUUUGCUAAGUGAGAUUUUUAGGUUUGGGUUCCAGUUCUGUAAAGAUCUCAACCAAGAAUUUGAUCCCUCUAAGAUGCCGUAUGUAUUUGAUUUACUGUUUUUUCAUCAAUUUCACAUUUGACUAGUUCUUCUUCUCAGGAAAAACAAAUCAAACUUUUCCUCAGAGUUGAGACUUCAUGUGCAGCUAAACUCAUAUUUAUUUUGGCACAUUGUUGUGCUGUUAAACUGGGGGAAAAACACACUUUGAAAAUGAAUCCUUCUGACAUGCAUUACUUGAGUAACCAUGCAUCUGUUUUGUUUAGUUUUUUUUUGAAAACUCAGAUUUGUGUUGUCAUGGGUAAUGUCAGUGAUUGGGGGCAACAGACAAGCUCUGUCGGUGGUCAAGAUCUCAGAAGAGAGUGCCUGCCAUCUACAGUUCAGUACCAGUAGAGGGCAGAAGACUGUGACCUAUAACCUAGGUACAGAAUUGUUAAAGCUCAAGACCAUUUUCCAGAAGGGAAGGACUUUCAUUUUUAAGGCAAACCCACCAUAUUUGCUGUCAUUAUGAAGUAUUUACAUAUCACAGUGGUGCUAUAUCCUCACAGGAUACCAAUGAGGGAUGGACGGAUAUCAAUGUUUUAUAUUAGACAGCCAUGAGGACAGUCACUCCAGGGUCAGUCAUUCGUUCAGUCAGUCAGUGCUGGACACUGACAUCUACAGUGCCUUAUCUUGCAGAUAACAAAAUAUUCUUUUUAUUUUGCUGCAAUCUCUCUUUCAGAAAUGUUGGUGUAACUAAGGAAAGGGAUUUUCACUUAUUUUGUAAUCAAACGUUAUAUAUCUUUUCUUUAUGUUAUGUACUUUUAAGUUUUUUCCCCCAUCGCGCAUUUACUAUGUAAAUGUAAAUGUAUGAAUUCUGUACUAUGUUUUGGUACAAAUAAAUUCUAACUUGAGUUA